AUGGUAGUCAAAGGCUUUGCUCGUGAGAUUUACACCUAUGACCCUAUUGAGAGGCCACAACAAGGAGAUGCGCGCCUAGAAGAGGGCCAGUUAUUCCUCCCUCAUCAAGGGGUCUACAAGAAUGAGCGAAAAGAUAAAGUCAAGGUUGUUUUUGAUGCCUCGGCGGAAACAAAGGGCCUCAGCCUGAACAGGGCCCUCUUUUGCGGGCCGAAGCUACAAACAGAGGUCACUCAUGUCUUAACAAGAUUCCGCGAAUUCAGUGUGGCGUUUUGUGCAGACAUUGCAGAUAUGUCUGCCUGUAUCCACUUAAAUUCCCAAGACGCCAAAAAACAUCGAUUUAUAUUUCAAAAGGGAGGAGAAACGCUCAUGCAUGUCUACGAGAUGAACCGACUUACGUUUGGAGAUGGUCCUAGUCCUUGUGUUGCUAUAGCCACCCUUAGGCAAACGGCGAGAGAUUUUGGAGCCAAGGAUAGCCAAGCAGUCAAGAGCAUAGAAGAGAACUUUUAUGUGGAUGACUGGCUCAAGUCGACCGUCACCUUAGAAGAAGCCGAGAUACUAGCCAAAGAUUCUGAAGCAGGGCAAUUUUAA